CAGAGGACAGGUCAUCGUUAAUGUAGGAGACGUACCGGGAAAAUCUGACAAAAUGGCUUCAUCAAGCGCAACAAAAACCUUGGAGAAGGAUGACGACACAGAUAAACAGCCUCUGGGUAGAAGAAAAAACUCCAAAAGUGAUGGUCCAGACAUGUCCAUGACCAGGAUUGUGCUGGUGGGGAAGACAGGCGCUGGAAAAAGCUCUUCAGGAAACACCAUUCUGGGGAGGAGAGCUUUCAGAGAUGAUAGAUCUAGCUCUUCUGUAACUAAGGAGUGUUGUAAGGAGACAGAAGAGAUGGCAGGGAGACAGGUCUGGCUAGUGGACACACCAGGAUUAUUUGACACAAGCCACUCUGAUAGUUACUUAGAGACAGAGAUCAGUAAAUGUAUCAACAUGACGUCACCUGGUCCCCACGCCAUCGUAUUGGUCAUGAACGUAGGGCCUUUCACAAAGGAGGAACAGAACGCAGUAAAGAAAAUCAGGGUGCUGUUUGGAGAAGAAGCUGAAAGGUAUACCAUGAUCCUCUUCACCCAUGGAGAUGAGUUGGGUGAUGGUGGCAUUAAGCAGUAUGUGAAUGAAGGACAGAAGGACCUCAAGAGAUUUAUGGAGCAGUGUGGUGGAAGGUACCAUGUUUUUGACAACACCAAGAUGGAAAACAGGGGACAAGUUCUGGAUUUCUUUGAGAAAAUUGACCACAUGACAGCAGUAAACGGUCAAGACCACUACACCAAUGACAAAUACCAAGAGGUGGAGAGAACGCUUAGUACCAGGGAAGAAGAGUUGAGGAAGCAGUAUAAAGAAGAACUGCGGAAGCUACAAGACGAAGAGAAGAAACUGCCUCCCAGAUACCAGGAGGAAAUGAAGAAACUACAGAGUAAAAUUAAGGCACUGAAGCAGUCAACGGAGGAGGAAGAGAAGAAACUUAAAGAACUACAACUCCUGGAUCAAAACAAAAUCUGGCGAAUCAUGGAACACAAGCGUUACUAUGAGAGGAAGUUGAGGGCUGUGAGGGAGGAAGCAGAAUUAAUCCAAGAUGACAAAGGAAUGUCCACAGAGGUUUAUAAAAAGUUACAGGAUCUCCAUCUCUGAAAUAGCUGGUGAUUGUGACGGUUGUGUUUAUUUCUCCCCACUAUUAUUUGUGGUCACUUAUGAACCACUCGCUGAAUCCACCAGGAACCGUCACACCCUGAUCUGUUUCACCUGUCUUUGUGCUUGUCUCCACCCCCCUCCAGGUGUCUCCCCUCAUUAUCCUGUGUAUUUAUACCUGCGUUUUCUGUUUGUCUGUUGCCAGUUUCGUAUUGUCCCGUUAAGUCCUACCAGCGAGUUCCCGUGUUUCCUGUGCUCUAGUUUUUGUUUUUCUCAGUCUUCCCAGUUCUGACCUUUCUGCCUGUUCUGACCCUGAUCCUGCCUGCCGUCCUGUACCUGCCUGACUCUGAUUCAGAUUUUGACCUUUUACCUGACUAUAGUAAACUCUGAGACUCGUACUAUCUGUCUCCUGUUUCUGCAUCUGGGUCUCAGCCUGAGCCAUGAUAAGAAACUAUGCUGGUUUCGACAACCCAAGCUGGGAACAACAACCCAUUCAAUGUAAUUAUAUACAGAUGAUAUAUGAAUAUUUGUGUACAAUUUUGAACCAUCUAUCCCUUGACAUUUGUUUUCUUGACAAUUUAAAAAAAAUUGUCUGUCAAUGAAAUUGAUUACUCAGAGGCUAUGCUGCUGGUGAUGUUACAGCUUUAACACAUUUCACAUUUAAAGGGAAACUCACACAAUCAGGACUCCUUCACAAAAAUGCAACAAUCAAGUCUCCAUUGUAUGAGCUAGAAUGUGUUAAAUUAUUGUAAUUGCCACAACUUAGGCGAUUAAACCGAAUUUCAACAGUAACCUCUCAGAACAUUAGCAGUCUUAAGGCAGAAAAACAACUAUAUUGUGUCUGAAUAUAAGUACCUGGUUGGGGUAUUAGACUGUACAUUUAACUUGUCCCAACUUUAGUCGUAUGAGAAAUAGUCUUAACACACAAGGUUUAUAUAGAUGCUAUGAUAUGUGUGUGUGGAAAUGUAUCUAUGUCCUGACCUCUGUUUUAUUAAUACAUUUUAAUCGUUUUUUUUUUUUUAAAGGUCUUAUGUUUGUAUAUAAUGUUUUUCUUGUUCAUAUGUUUACCUGCCUGGGGGCUGCAGAGGGAAAUUAGCUGUUGGCUAAAUCUGGUACAAUGCAUCUUUUCUCAAGUGUAGUGAAACUUCUGUUUUUGUUGUACGUUGUCCCUGUUCAAAUAAACCACGCUGGGCCAAUUGUGCGCCGCCCUAUGGAACUUCAGUGAUACAGAUUGAAUCUAAACCUUAGAAUCAACUCUGUGUUUGAGACAUGAGUCCUUCGUUCAGAGAUGUCUCUGACCUUACAGCUAUAAAGGAAUGCUUUACAUUACUGACUAUUGUCCCCAUAGGGAACAUUUGUUGAAGUCAUGUACACAUUUAAAAGGCGUUAAAAAAGGACAAGAACAAUAGAAACAUUUAUUAACAGUACAAAUUCAUAACAAUUGACAUACAGUAGGCUAUAUACAGUAUGAUGACCAGCCUUCUGGUCUUAAUGAAUGGAUGACAACCGGCAUUCUGGUCUUAAUGAAUGGAUGACAACUAAAUACCAACCGUUGAGUCAAACAUGUAUUUUGCAAGGUGUGCAUCAUUUAUCUCCACUGGCUGAGAGACACCAUUUAGAUCUAGAUGUUAAUAGCAGAAUUCUGUCCAUUUUAUAUAUGAAACCAAAGCAUUUCUAUCUGCUCAGUGCUUUAUUUGCAGUGGCCAUGGGAGGCAAUUGUGUAUGGAGCAAAGACCCUGUGAAUGUGACAGAAUUCAUAAGGGGUUCUCUGAUAGGGGUGGUAGCUGAGGCAAUGGGAGCUGGAUCAUACACACUUAUGGCCUGGGGACAGAUUUUAACAUGGGUUGUUAGGUCCACUAUAGCCACUGAGAUCCAGACUGGGAAAUCAGUUGGAAAAGCUAUGGGUUUCAUAGGAGCAGCAGCAGUUGGUGGAUUGACAGGAAGGUUAGUUGGCCCAGGAGGAGGAGGAGUGGUGUUAGGAGCAUUAUCAGGAUUGUUAGGAGGAUUAUCAGGAUUGUUAGGAGGAUUAUCAGGGUUGUUAGGAGGAUUAUCAGGGUUGUUAGGAGGAUUAUCAGGGUUGUUAGGAGGAUUAUCAGGGUUGUUAGGAGGAGUUGGUGUGCUGGCGUUAAGAAAUAUAUUCAAAGAUUAGAAAAAGCAGUUAUUUCCCUGUGAUGCACUUCUGAACUACAGAUCCACUUCCUAUCUCUCUAAAUGGGAGGAGCUCUGAUUGGGCAGUUAGAACAUGCACAGUAGAUAGGAAUGCAUCUUCCUAUGAAUCCCCUCUUCAUAAUGAUGUCAUUCUAUAUUAAAAUACCCUUUUGGAAAAUGGAUAUGUGUGAGAGGAGAGUACAUAGAGAUGAGCCCUUGAUGAGUACAUAUCAUUCUCUAUUUCAUAUAGACCAGUAUAACAUUUAACUUCAUAUGGCAUUUUACAGUCUCGGUUAUAAUGCUCUGUGAACAGCUAAAUGUUCGUGAGCAGGUAUUAGUGCAUAAACUGUGCAUUAUAAUGUAUUAUGCAUAGCUCAUAAGGAGUUAAUAAAUUAGCUUAUAAUGCAUUAUGAAAAGGAUAUUCAUAGGAAAUGUUAACAACAAAAAUAUUUUGUCACACACUGGAUAGGUGCAGUGAAAUGCGUUGUUUCACAGGGUCACCCUCCUGGAGCAAAUUAGGGUUUAGUGCCUUGCUCAAGGACACAUUGACAGAUGUUUCACCUUGACAGCUCAGGUUGCUGGCCCAACGCUCUAACCGCUAGGCUACCUGCCACCCUAUCUUUGGUGUUCACUCUUCUACAGUCUACCAUCUUAUUCUUAAUCUCUCUAUAACAUCAAAACACUCAUUCCACACACAAUCUGUUUAUAGACCAACAACUGUUGGGUCCGGUCCACUAUUACUAAAUGUAAUGAUUUGUUCUGCAUGUGAGAGGGGUGUUGAAUACUGCAGUCAUGUUGCAUAGCUGGUAAUGGCCAGUAUUUCACACUGCAUUUUACAAUCUUGAAAUAUACUAUACUAAACUGCAUUUUUUUUCUGUUCGUAACAAUGCCAAGAAUCAUAUCUAUCCAGGUUCAUUACUCUGUAAAAAAGACAAGUGUGUAAUUUGGGGAGGCAUGUAUUAUAUAUCAAAGUUGUCAAGGAAACCAGUUUGUCUACUUCAUAUGCCUCACUCCUCCCAUUUGUUGAACGUCAACAGUGAGAUACGUGGAAAUGUAAGUCUCACUGUGCUUUGUUCACUUGUACAGAAAUAUGUAGACAUCAGAUAUAAAUGUAAGUCUCACUGUGCUUUGUU